AGAAAUUACAUCAACAAUUACAAAAAGUUGGCUUUCGGGAAACUCAAGUGAUUCCGCCAGCCUCAGCGAUCACAAAAUGCCUCCAAAAAAGGCAGUACCUGAGCCUGAUACUCAACAAGAUCUUCCAAGAUCCUUACGAAAACGAGGGCACCAAGAUCUCGAACCCAUUCCCGAAAGCGACCUCGAAACAUCACCAGUAAAGCGACAACGAAGUGCAGCUCAUCAUUCACCCAAAGCCACCACCGGAACGAAUGGUCAUACAGAAGGAAUCCACCGAGAUGUGAUAGGAGACAGUGAUGCUAGUUCAUCCGAAUCAUUAUCAAGAGUCGACCCAGAUGAAACCCCUAAACCUGCGCCAAAACGACGAGGGAGACCACCAAAGAAGGCUGUGAAUGGCGAAACUCCCACACCGAAAGCAAACCGUACUGCUCUUUUUGAAACGCCAAACAAGAAAACGCCCAUUGCUCUGAAUGGAGCAACACCUGGAGGAGCAGAUAGAUCUGCCAAGCGAAAGAGUACGAGAGCUCUCAUAGAACAUGUUGUUGGCGACGACCUUACGGAUGAGGAGGAAUACGAUGGUCUUGCGCAGCAAAUCUACGAAUCUAGUGAAGAGGAAGAAGCGCUCGAGGGCGACAUUGCCAUUUCCACAGAAGCAUCAGGGGUAGAUGAAGCUGCGACACCUUCGAAAUCGACACCUCGCCGAAAAGCUCAGCGGAAAGCACCAGCUCGGUCUCCGACUCCUCCUCGCGACUUGCCUCCUCACGAAUUAUACUUUGCGCACAACAAACCUGGGCGGGCGAAGACUUCGAAUAAUACUCUGGGAUCACUCGCCCUACUUACACACGACGAAUACUUUACUAUUAUGCGGGAAACUCAGGAUCACCAUGAGGCCGAUAUCGAAUUUUUGGAGAGUCUACAUGCCGAAUCAUUCCCGCAAUGGGCGUUUGAGUUAUCGCAAGGGUUCAGUUUGUGUCUAUAUGGUUAUGGCUCGAAGCGACGUCUCCUGCAUAAGCUUGCCGGUCACUUGUACUCUUCCAUUAGGAAGGAGAAGGGGGACAAGAUUGUUAUAAUCAAUGGUUAUGCCCACAACACCGUUAUGCGCGAGGUAUUGAGCACAAUUGGUGCGGCGGUUGAUCCAAGUCACCGCAUUCCUCUAACGCAACCUGCCGUCAUGGUCCCUGCCAUUCUAUCACACCUCGCCACAACGUCUUCAACAUUGACUCUUGUUGUUAACUCAAUCGAUGCAGCGCCUCUUCGUAAAUCCGGUUCACAGUCUGCUCUAGCGCAACUCGCGGCGCAUCCUCAAAUACGGUUGGUGUGCUCAGCUGAUACACCAGACUUUGCACUACUAUGGGACAUAGGUGUGCGAUCUGCGUUUAAUAUGGUGUUCCACGACUGCACGACCUUUGCCCCAUAUGGUGCCGAGCUGGAUGUUGUGGAUGAGGUACACGAGCUUCUCGGGAGGAAUGCUCACCGAGUCAAUGGUAGAGAAGGUGUUGCGUUUGUUUUACGAAGUUUGCCCGAGAACGCCAAGAAUCUGUUCCGCCUCUUGGUGGGCGAGGUGCUCAUUGCUAUUGAGGAGGAGGGCGACAGCGGCGAUGAGCCAACUGGUGUUGAGUAUCGAAUGGUGUACAACAAGGCCGUGGAAGAGUUCAUCUGCAGUUCCGAGAUGGCUUUCCGAACCUUGCUGAAAGAAUUUCAUGACCACCAAAUAAUCACGAGUAUGAAGGACGCUCUAGGAACAGAGUUGCUGAGCUUGCCGUUUAGAAAAGACGAGCUAGAGGCAAUCCUGGAGGAUCUCAUGUCAUAAUGUAAAACCAGUGUAACAUAUAGAAUCGGAAGCAUAACAAAGGUGCAUGGGCGCUGGUGUCGGGAGAGCAUAAGAUAUCACGAGAGAGUUGAGUUACAUUAUUGUAAUUGAAAAAGGGGUAUAAUUAAAACAUGUAGGGGAAUAAAUACCCUAAAUUGAGACUAUCUUGAAGUCUGUCAUGAACAUUACGUCGUCUAUGCAGCCGUCUGCCAUGUCUUGCUCUCUAUAUCAAGCAUCCGUCUUAAAGAAACCACCGGAACGCCACCUUUGAUGUACUUUUAUAUCAAACACCCAGGCUUUUCACACAUGUCCACAACACCACUGGUACGAUGACGUUGUCGUUCCCGCCAGUAAGAACAGCCUCCGUCAGGCUCGCCAUGGAGGCGCACAUCGCAGCGUUUCGUGUGCCAGCAAUCACUCCAGGCUGUUCACCUGCAGCAGGCCAACCACCGAUUCUCAACCACAUACUAGCGGCACCGAGUCCCAGCAUGACGGCCACAGCGAAGGCGACGCUGCCCUCGAGGCUCUUACCGCCUCCCCAGAACCACUUCCGACGUCCAUAUCGACGACCGAUAAGAGAAGCAGCUGCGUCUCCUAAACCCACGCAGAUAACUCCGGAGACAAGACUGACAUCUCGAGUUGUGACUUCCCAGCCAGAGAGGUAGCCGGAUCCAGAGCGUGGUAGAGAAGCAAGGCCCAGCCAGAGAGGAAUUGCGCACCCAAUUAGAAGAAAUAUGUGCGAGAUGACAACUGGACCACGGAAGUCUCUGCCGUCGACGUAUGGUGCUAGGAAUGAGGCAAUGGGCUUUGAUAGUGGAGGUAGCUGACUUGCUCGCAGAAGAUCCAGGAUCAAGAAGACCGCAAGAAUUAGAGACAGGGCAAGAGCUGCAUACGUGGGAUCGACAAAGGUUGCGGGCAAAAACAUGCCAACCAUCAUAAAGUGGAACACCUUCCGCCGUGUAUCGACCUCAUAGAUGUCCUUCAGACGGAAGACGAUAAUGAGCCCGAGAAUCAAGAUGCCCAUCCAGUAAGUACUCAACAGAAGUCGAGUGUUUGCUUCUCCAAAUUCGUUAUGGCGAACGUGCUGUACCCAACCAGAGUGGCAUUGCUUGUCGUCUGUGGGGUCAAUUCGCGGGGGCAGGCAUAUCCAUCUUUCCAAGUUCAGACUGACAACUUGAUAUCGGAACCAAGACCAGUCGCCGAAGAGAUAUCCCAAAGCCCAACCAAUAGGCUCAUUGCCAUCUAGGGCAUACCAUUGUACAUAAGUUCGAAUGCCACCAAGGAUGAUAGCUAUGAUACUCAAGUAGACGUAUCCAGCAUAGAGCCAUUUCCUCAAAGUCGCUUGCUCUUGAGUAAGCUUGAAGAAGGGCCGAACGGACAUGGAAGUUGCUCGCUUUUUGCGCCCUGAAGGAGUAUGCGUCGCGUUACGUCGAUUCCCAUGAUCAAGGUGUGGUAAGGUAUGUCUCCGUGCAAAAGACCAGUUUCCGAAACCAUCUGCAGCCGUGGGCGAAGAGGGAUCACUAUCAGGUUCUGCUGGGUUCGGGGAGCUUGGUCCAAGGGUUCGAACUCGAGUAGGCUUCUUGAACAAUGGGCCUGCCUCGUCCUCGGAUGAGCCAAUUGUAUCAUACACAGCAUCCUCAUACUCUGGUCUUAAUAAUUCGUGCCUCAGCCGUCGUAGCGAGAAAAUUUGUUUGAAGCUCUUCCAGAGUGGCGGCCGCUGGGAGACUGACACUCUCCGAAAUCUCCAUUUCGGCACUCUGGCCAAAGCAAUUCCCCAGCUUAUGACACGUCCACAAAAGAAUAGGAGAGAAAGACCGCCACCCCACAACAGGGCUUUGAGAAUCAGAACCUGGGGUGAAGAAGCUAGAAGCAAAACGUUGAUAAGUGCGAUUGACAAGAGCUGGAGCUCAGCCGUCAAGAGACUAGUUGUAGUGAGAUAGUGCAAUGUCACACACAAAGUUUGGUGAAGAGGAUACAGUAGAAUAGCUGUUUCUCCUGAAAUAAAAGAUUCCGGGUGCUUGCUUUCGAAGUAUUCACGCUGCUUUGGGCUCCAGAUUAAUGGAAUGCAAGUUAGGCCCCAUGCUAGUACAUCAUAUGUAGCAUAAGGAUCGACCUUGGGAAUAACGCUCUGCGGAAUGGAAGCAAGGCUCAGAAUAAGGUUAGGUAGAAUCGCUGCUGGGUUGCUUGACGAAAUAAGAAGCGAGACAUAUAGAGUAAUCGCCGAAGGGUAUAAUAUGGGAGCGGGGUCGAAGUGCGCAGGAAGCUCGAGGGGUAUUGGGUGAGAUGGUGUCCUGUUACGGUAUGCCCAAGCGACGACUCGGACAGGAUACAAAGCGAGUAGUCCCGCAUAUACAAGACCACAGAGUAGAAUAUCU